UGCCACUUUGGUCCAAUUGGACCAAAAUUGGUAGUUUCAAAUCUCUGAAAUGACUUUUGGUAGUUUGGUUGGUAGGUUUAAAUUUUGGUCUAAAUUUAGUAGGAUGAGAUAAUUUUGAUCUCAUGCAUAUGAAUUUAUAAACAUUUCUGAUCUUGUUAUGGCAAAGUUUAUAUUGUUUGUUCUAAGAAAAUAUUAAGUUAAGUAUUUCAACAUUUUUGAUUCAUGAAUGUUAGUAAGUUAUUUAGUUUGAAAUGAGGAUGUUACAUAAAAUCCGAAGGAAUACUUCUAGGCCUGCAUCGGUCCCGUUGAGAACUUCCUAACCAAUGACUCAGGUGGGAAUCGGACGCACGGCGUCAGGUCUCACUAUAAAGGUAGGAUCACACGAUUGAAUAGGGGCCCAAUAAAGAAAGUCCCAAUCAAAUUCUCUGCAGUCAGAUGAUUGCCUUAUCGUUCAUAAAGUUGGUUGUCGUAAAUUGACGCAAAACGGCUUAGUGGCAAUAAUUGCCACAUUCCAGUCACACGAUUGUUCUAGUAUAUGGCAACUCUGAGAAACAGCUGUUGUACUAGAUUUGUUUUGUUUACAAAAAUAUAGAAAAUUUUAAUAUAUUCGUGAAAAAAUGAGUUGUUCAUUGAAAAAAAAAAAAAGAAAAUUGCGUCGGCUUUAAUUAUCAUGUGUGCACUUGAAGAUGAAAAAAACGAAAAAAAGAAAGCUUAAAAGAAGUAUAUGGGAGAGUGGCUCACAAAAAGAAAUACUGAUGGCGCAUAUAAAAAAACACUGAUGGAGUUUCGAGAAAUAGAAAACCAAAACUUUUUGUUCAACAAUUUUUUAAGGAUGAAUGAUGAAACAUUUAAGGAAUUAUUGCAUCUAGUGUCACCAUAUAUCGCAAAACAGGACACAAAUAUGCGUAAGGCAAUUCCAGCACAAGAAUGCUUAGCUGUAACUCUCCGAUUUCUGGCUUCUGGAGAUAGCUACAAAAGUCUUUCGGUCUUAUUUCGUAUAGCCCCUAACACCAUAUCACUUUUUGUACCAAGUGUUUGUGAUGCAAUUUAUAAAGCAUUGAAAGGUUCAUACUUAAAGGUACCAUCAACACAAGAAGAAUGGAAUGAAGUAGCAUUUAAAUUUAACAAUCUGUGGAAUUUUCCGAAUUGCAUCGGGGCGGUUGACGGCAAACAUGUUCAAAUGGUCGCACCACCGAAUUCAGGAAGCACAUUUUAUAAUUAUAAAGGCACGCAUAGUAUAGUGCUAAUGGCUGUUGUUGAUGCCGAAUAUAACUUUUUGUAUGUUAAUUGCAACGGCCGUGUAUCGGAUGAUGGAGUAUUCGGAAACUGUUCCUUUCAAUGUGCUCUAGAUAACAACGAUCUUAAUUUGCCACCACCGAAACCACUACCAGGUCGUCAAGCAUCCGUACCAUUUGUUCUAGUUGCAGAUGAUGCUUUUCGCAUGCAGAAGCAUUUGCUGAAACCAUAUCCCGGUAAAAGUUUAUCUGCCGGACAGAGAAUAUUUAACUACAGGUUAUCUAGAGCUCGACGUAUCGUAGAAAAUGCAUUUGGUAUUAUGGCAAAGCGCCUUCAAGUAAUUGCAUGUCCUUCUAAACUAAAUGCGGAGAAAACUACUUCUAUAACUUUAGCCUGCUGUGCCCUGCACAAUUUUUUGUUAAAAAAAAGGUAAAUUACACAACACCGCUGCUUACAGAUCGUUAUGAUGAUAACGGUUCUUUUAUUCCGGGGACAUGGAGAAAUUAUUUUCCACUGGAACAGAAAAUACUCCAAGCUCUUACAUAAGUAAUGAAGCAAAGGCUAUUUGUGAAGAACUAGAAGAAUAUUUUAUGUCAGCAACUGGUGAAUUGCCCUGGCAAUAUAAAUAUAU